AUGGCAGAGCCUCCAGCGAAGCGAGCUCGACGAGUCGACAGCAGUGCAAUGUGGGAGAAAAACGACUCUUACUCUCGCCAAGGUGAACCAGGCUCAGAAGUUGACCAUAGACGGUCACCUGCGCCCAAAGAUGACCGACGCGAUGGUCCACGUGAGGACCGACGAUACAGAUCGCGUUCGCGAGACCGCAAGAACACAAGGCGAGAAAGGAGCUGGUCUCGAGAUCGCCGCGACCGGGAUCGAAGGGACAGAGACCGGGAUGUACGACCGCCCCAGGGCCGUAAAAGGAGUACCAGCCGGGACCGCGGCUUUGAACGACGAGGAUAUAAAGCUAACCGAGACCGUUCUCGUUCGCGAUCACCAGCUCGAAAUGGUGCCAACGCCCGACCUGGGAGCCGAUCACCUCCCCGAGGCUAUAAAGAUGACCGUCGACCUGGCCGGCGAGACCCGCGGGAUCGCGAUGAUGGACGACAAGCCAAUGGCUCCCAUACGAAAGACGAAAUGGAUAUCGACUUCAAAGAGGACGCGGAUGAGGACGAGAUGGAAACAAUGAUGCGAAAGGCAAUGGGAUUCACUCGAUUCCGGACCACCAAAAACACCAAAGUUCCUGGAAACGAUAUCUACGGCGUGCGCAAAGAGAAGCAAAUAGAGUACCGCCAGUACAUGAACCGUUCCGGUGGUUUCAAUCGUCCGCUCAGUCCUGGCUAG